GCGCGCCCCGUGUGACGCCAUGGCCGCGCGGGCGGAAGUGGCGCGUUAGCCCCGCGCUGCCCGUCCCAGGCCCGGGAGCGAGUUUUUUUUUUACUCAAAUGGGUGAUGAAAAGGAUUCUUGGAAAGUGAAGACUUUAGAUGAGAUUCUUCAGGAAAAAAAAAGAAGGAAGGAGCAAGAAGAGAAGGCAGAAAUAAAACGUAUGAAAAAUUCAGAUGAUAGAGAUUCAAAGCGGGAUUCUCUUGAGGAGGGGGAGUUGAGAGAUCAUCGCAUGGAAAUAACCAUCAGAAAUUCACCUUACAGACGGGAAGACUCCAUGGAAGACAGAGGCGAAGAAGAUGAUUCCUUGGCUAUAAAACCACCACAGCAAAUGUCACGGAAGGAAAAAAACCAUCAUAGAAAAGAUGAGAAGAGGAAGGAGAAACGUAGACAUCGCAGUCAUUCGGCAGAAGGGAAACAUGCCAGAGUGAAAGAGAAAGAACGGGAACAUGAGCGUAGGAAGAGACAUAGAGAAGAGCAGGAUAAAGCCCGUCGUGAAUGGGAAAGACAGAAACGGAGAGAAAUGGCAAGGGAGCAUUCCAGGAGGGAGAGAGAUCGUCUGGAGCAACUUGAGCGAGAACGGGAGAGAAAAAUCAGAGAGCAACAAAAAGAACAAAGGGAGCAAAAGGAAAGAGAAAGGCGAGCUGAAGAAAGACGUAAGGAACGAGAAGCCAGAAGAGAAGUUUCUGCACACCAUAGAACAGUGAGGGAAGAAUAUGGAGACAAAGUAAAAAUGAGACCCUGGAGUCGCAGCCCAUUACGACAGCAAAGAGACAAGGUUGAGCAAGCAGAUAGCAGGAAACCAGCAGUAAAAGAAGAGAAACCAGAAGAGAGAGAUCCUCUGUCGGACUUGCAAGACAUCAGUGACAGUGAGAGAAAAACCAGCUCAGCAGAGUCUUCAUCAGAAUCUGGAUCAGGCUCGGAAGAGGAGGAGGAAGAGUCUAGCAGUGAAGGUUCUGAGGAAGAGGGAGAGGAAGAGGAGGAGGAGGAGGAGACGGGAAGCAAUUCUGAGGAAGUGUCUGAGCAGUCGGCUGAAGAGGUGAGCGAGGAAGAGAUGAGUGAAGAGGAGGAACGGGAGAAUGGAAACCACAUCCCAGUUGUUACAGAGUCGAGGUUUGACCGAGAUUCAGCAGGAAGCGAAGUAGAAGAGGAGGAGGUAGGGGAAGGCACCCCUCAUUCCAAUGCCAUGACGGAAGGAGACUACGUUCCUGACUCGCCAGCUUCCUCCCCCAUUGAAUUGAAGCAAGAGCUUCCGAAGUAUCUUCCUGCGCUUCAGGGAUGUCGUAGCGUGGAGGAGUUUCAGUGUUUGAACAGGAUUGAAGAGGGAACGUACGGGGUCGUGUACAGAGCAAAGGACAAGAAGACUGAUGAAAUUGUGGCUCUGAAGCGACUGAAAAUGGAAAAGGAAAAAGAAGGCUUUCCCAUUACUUCUCUGAGAGAAAUAAAUACUAUUCUGAAAGCACAACACCUAAAUAUUGUCACUGUCAGAGAAAUCGUUGUAGGCAGCAAUAUGGACAAAAUCUAUAUUGUGAUGAACUACGUCGAACACGAUCUCAAGAGUCUGAUGGAAACAAUGAAGCAACCAUUUCUACCAGGUGAAGUGAAAACCUUGAUGAUCCAGUUACUGCGAGGAGUCAAGCAUCUUCACGACAACUGGAUACUUCACCGCGACUUGAAAACUUCCAACCUGUUGCUCAGUCAUUCAGGCAUUUUAAAAGUUGGAGAUUUUGGACUCGCCCGAGAAUAUGGCUCUCCACUGAAGCCGUACACGCCGGUGGUUGUGACGCUUUGGUACCGGGCUCCGGAGCUGUUGCUCGGAGCUAAGGAAUACUCGACGGCCAUAGACAUGUGGUCGGUGGGGUGCAUAUUUGGAGAGCUGUUAACGCAGAAACCGCUCUUUCCGGGGAAGUCAGAAAUCGACCAGAUUAACAAAGUUUUUAAGGAUCUGGGUACUCCAAGUGAAAAAAUCUGGCCCGGUUACAAUGAGCUGCCAGCAGUGAAGAAGAUGACAUUCACAGAGUAUCCCUAUAACAAUCUACGCAAGCGAUUUGGAGCCCUCCUCUCUGACCAGGGCUUUGAUCUGAUGAACAACUUUUUGACGUACUACCCAGCCAGAAGAAUCACUGCCGAAGAUGGUUUGAAGCACGAGUAUUUCCGAGAGACUCCCCUUCCUAUUGACCCCUCCAUGUUUCCCACCUGGCCAGCAAAAAGCGAACAGCAAAGGGUGAAGCGCGGCACCAGCCCCCGCCCGCCCGAGGGAGGCCUGGGGUACAGUCAGCUGGGUGAUGACGAUCUGAAGGACACGGGUUUUCAUCUGACCACCACAAAUCAAGGAGCAUCUGCUGCAGGACCUGGUUUCAGCCUCAAGUUUUAAACGCAGCGUGAAAGGAGGGCACAAAAAGAAGAGAGAACCAUUCAUGUGAGUGGGUUUCUGAGUGCCCCAGUUCUGUUCUUUACAUCAGACUUGGUGUUUUUCACAGGGGAAAAGUCAAAUGUCAUCCCAGAUUCAAAGCUCUUGCUGAGUGUGGAGUAAAACUGCUGCAUUCCAUUAGCGGACUGGAAUUAACCUGAAAAGCCAAGGAUCGUUACAAAAUUUCACUUGAAGUACAAUCCUGGAACAGUUUCUGGUUUACUUUUAGGAUUUUUUUUUUGUUGGGUUUGUUUUGAUUUGUUUUUUUCCUUUUUUCCUUGUAAAUUUGUAGAAUUAAAAAAUACAUUUUUAAUUGUUUAACAGUGUGAAGGAUUUCAUUUCUUCACAUGCAGCAAACUUGGAUGUUGAUGGCAUUAAGUCUUUGAAAGUGGAAAACCUUUUCCCCCCAGAUCUGUGCUGACACCGUUACAGUGAGUUGUCAGCCGGGGCCAACAACUUCCUUUUUCUUGUAAGUAAAUUGUGCGUAUCUGAACAUUGUUGGGGCACCAAAUGAUGGCAGCUCUGAGUCCCUUUGCUAUUGCUCGCCUUGUCAGGGCUGGGUUGGCUCAAUACUCACCAACAAUGGUUUCGGGUGCACUCUGAGCUGAACACUGUUUGAUGUGCUGGGUACAUGUAUUUAUGAUGGCAUUUGUGCAAAAGAAGUGCUCUAUUGUUUUAUAAAUCAAACAGAUUUAAUAUGGAGACUGGAAACUUUAUUUUCUAUAGAAAGUUCUUUUAAAUAUGCCCUUUUUCUCUUCUUACUGAUUGUAUAACGCUGUAUUCCAAUCCUUUUCUGAUAAGACGAAAGACCGGAGGAGUCAUGUUGGAAUAGCGCAGCCUCUGAGGCGCUGGUUUAUGGAAUGCGAUCGUUCUUUUCUGGGAACAGGAGGAUUUGGAAAAUUGUGGGGUAUUCAU